UGCGGCAAUCGGUCGGCAUCGGCUCGGAUGGUGGCCUGUGGAGAGAUAGGGCUGUUGAGAAAAGGUUUAGGGGCGCCUAAUGUAGGAUGUGGGUAGGAUAUUGUGGGGUGAGUGGGAACUAUAAGAGGUUAAAGCCCUGAUUCCCACCCCUCCGGCCGCUGUUUCGUCGCCUUUAACGAUUAAGGAUGGGUCUGGACUAGUCCUAGUUGAUAGACCGGGGAGCCGAGGGCGGGUUAAUGCUCGAGAACAUAAAUAGCACAUAAAUAAAAAGGGUUUGGGAGGCGCUCCGUGUUUACUGUUAAAUCCUGCGUUUUCUCCUAAAGGCCGCAAGGUGGUGAUCGUAGAGUAGCUUGACGGGGUAUAAAUGAUAAAUUAUUACAUUUCUUAUUUCAUGUUCACAACAAUCCUGCGAGGUGUGUUAGGUGGAGAGAUAAGUAACAGGCCCAAAAUCAUGGGGGUGAACCAUAAGGUGUGGCUGGGGAUUUGAAUGCAAAGGGCUGACCUAGCUGCGGCACCAGGCUGAUUUAAUAAAACUCACUGGAUUGAGCUGGCCCAUCUCAUAACACAAUGCCUUGGUAAAUAUGGGAUUAAGAAGUGCUAUAUUAUGUAUUUAUAAUAUAUAAGUGCUUGACGUGCAAUUGAGGCAGCUUAAAAAUAAAAUAGGAAUGGCUGCAAAGGGGGGGGGCGGAUGAAAAUAUUAUUGGAAUUAAAUUAUCUAUUAAAAACAAGCAGAUAGUGAACAUGUUUUACUAUCAUUUUAUGGAGGAUGCUCUGCAGAUUUAAUUUGUGAAAAUCCCACUGGAUGUUAUGGGUGGAUUUAUUUGGUCCUCAGAGCAUGCUAAGAACCUCUGUGAUUAUACAUAAUAGUAAAGUAGCACCUUUUCAGUAACUGUUGCUUGGGUGCAAAGAUGAAUAAGUCUAGAUUUAAAAAAUGUCUUUACUGUAAAGGGCAAAUGGAUAGUGUGAGGUGUGACGAUCCUCCCUCCUCUAUUACUAGCAGUGUGCUUGAAGGAAUUCAGUUAUUGUUCAAACAACCCACUAUUCCUUCUUUCUCCCAAAUAAAUUCCCUGUUUUUAUAUGGGUUUGCUAGUACAUAGAGUACAGUUCCACCUUUCCAAAUAACGUGGCUCCGUAUCCUUAACUCCAGGCAAAUACCGUAUUACAGGAACAAUCUUGUGCCCUCAGUAAGGUUUCCCUCUCAACUCAGGUUUAGCCCCUGCAAGGCACUCUUUUCCCUCCACUUGCCGCCUCUGUGCGUGACUUUGAGAUGCAAACUAUCCACCUGCUCCUCGGGCUCAGUUUUAUCUCCCCUCUUCAGUCACCACCCUUUUGAGUUUAGAUACUUUGCUGGAAUAAGGAGGAACAUCCAAUUUGACACAACAUAGAUGAAAGCUUUAUUUAACUGGAAAACAUGUAUAUUUCUUUAUGGUUUCAUUUGUUUAAACUCUUAGUUCAUCAUCUUUUCAUAUAACACAAACUUGUUAAUACAGCUCCUGCAUCCCUCUCUAACACUCUACUCCCCACAACUGCCAACUCUCAACUGCCAUUUAGAAUCCCAUCAAGCUCUGCCUCCCAAGGAACACCUGCCAAUACUGGGAAUCAUCCCAUGAUGAACUGGAAUCAUCAGGCACUAUUCCGCCGCAUGAGGUUUCUUUGAAAAUAUAACCAGAUUUUGUUUUAAGGCCUGAAGUCCUAAAGUUGCCUUAAUAAUUUAGCAAAUAGUUGAUCUGCGUUUGUCUACCUGACUCCUAGUACAAACUAGAAAUAGAAUUUAGCUGAUAUUGCUGAAGGCAAAAACUCGAAUUGUUGAGCUGACGACCACCAGCAGUCAUGCUUCCCAAGACUUGAUACAGAUUCCAGCAUGCUCAAUUGGAGUUUGUUCUGAUGAGCACCCAAAUUUCUGAAUCAUGGUUAUUUUAUCCUUUUUUUGUAUGUCAAUAUAUCAAAAAUGAGGCCUACAAUGAAGAUUGUAAUUAAGGUUAGCGUCUGAUUAAAUGGUUUCUGUAUUUCAGACACAGGCUGAGAAAGAUAAAACCGAUUCACGGUCCUUCAGCUUUAAUCAAUUUCCCCUCCAUCUGUAUAAUGGCUUUGCUACUUAAAUUAAUGCAUUUCCAUCUACAUUCUUUUUUUAGUGAGACCCCAUGAUGAACUUUCCUAGCUGGAAAGGCUUUCUCCUUAGCACCCAUAUACUGGUACUCAACUUGCCUUUUUGCCCAGUAGGUCUGCAGUAUGACUGUUGGUGACAAGAUCUGCAACAGUCAGUAAAAUGGUAAAAUAAUUAAAGGCUCAGCAGUAUGUAAAGUUGACAAAAAAUGGGAAUAGACUAAAACUGUACAAGAAACAGUUUAGGAAGACUCUACCUUGUCAGGUGGCGCUGUGGUUAAACCACUGAGCCCAGGGCUUGCUGAUCAGAAGGUCGGCGGUUCGAAUCCCUGUGACGGGGUGAGCUCCCGUUGCUUGCUCCCAGCUCCUGCCAACCUAGCAGUUCGAAAGCACGUCAAAAUGCAAGUAGAUAAAUAGGAACCACUACAGCGGGAAGAUAAACGGCGUUUCCAUGUGCUGCUCUGGUUUGCCAGAAGCGGCUUUGUCAUGCUGGCCACAUGACCUGGAAGCUGCACGCCGGCUCCCUCGGCCAAUAAUGUGAGAUGAGCGCGCAACCCCAGAGUCUGUCACGACUGGACCUAAUGGUCAGGGGUCCCUUUACCUUUUUUACCUUGUCCCUGUAGGCUUAUUGAAAACGAAGGCUGCAACCUUUCCUAAGUACUUCUAGAAAACACAACCCCACAGGCUCUGGAGGACUAACUGGUUUGCAUUCCCUGAAGCCCUCAAAGAAAAUGAAAGCUAUGCUGCCAGCAAGUCUUGUUGGCCAAUCUCCCGAGAGUCCAUCUGGCAAUGAAACACAGAAUGGCUCUCCAAAGCCUAAGUUGCCUAAACCUAAACUUGACAUCAAAGCCCUCUUUGACUACUACUCAAGGAAGCAGCAUCUGAAUACAAAGUGGAGACCAAGCACUAAGAAGAAGAAAGUUGCAAGGAGGAAAAGUGCAAAAUGCAAGGAGCGGGAAACAUGCGAGAGGAGACCCAGGAAAGAAAGAGUACCAGGAAAGAAAGGGAAAAAGGAACUUACUGAGAAAGUUGUUAGUUUUCCUUUUGUGGAGAGACUGUAUGGAGUGAAACGCAUUCCCAUUAGAGUGGUGUCUCUGUAUGAGCAAGCGGCUUUAAAUGGAUUCUUCAGGUGCGUUGAAAUGCUGAAAAUCGAGAAGUCCCUGAAAAAAUCUUUGACACAGUUGAAUGCUGUGGAUGAUCUAGAAAAUGAAAGUCUGGAGUCAAGAAAGCACAAAUAUGUGGAUGAGGAUGAACUCCUUUCUCCCAUUGAGGAGACAAAUGGAGAUGACCAAACUGAGAGCUCUGCAGAUAAAGAAGAAAUGGGUGCCAAGAUAGUGGAAACGAGCUGUUUCAUACUAAGUAGUAAAAUUCCAAAGAAGACACGCAAGAGGAAGUCAAACACUACCAGCAACUGAAGCUACUAACAGCCAUGAUAAGCAAUGGCUCUGAGAACAUAUGGAAGCAGCAUUUGUCUGUGACAGCAGAUGGCAGCAAGGACGAUGACUUCAUCCACACUGGUUCCUAUAGUUUGCAGCUAGCCUUGGAUUUGUUCUGCUUAACCAGGUAUCCUUUUUCCUCCAGCGGUCUUUUCCUUAGUUGGAGUUUCUUAAAGCAUCACUUUCCUAGCUUCCUGUAGAUGUUGGAGAGUGGAGGCAGCAAAUUGGCUACCAGGAUGGCAAAACAAGUUGGCAGUUUGGCCAGAUAUCCCAUUCAAUGAUUCCUGCAUCACAUUCAUACCUAAACCAAUAAAAGAGUGGCAAGAGCUAUAGGAAAGUACAACACUGAACUCAUUAGCUGGCACAAAUACACCAGCCAUAGUUGGUACAUCUAAAGAACUAUCCAAAAAUUAUGCCUUGGCAAGAAAUUUUAAAUGUGAUCCCUGUAUUUGCUAAAGGAGGCGGCUGUGCCAUUGGUGUGUUCCUUAGUAACAUAUUUACUAUGUUCCGUUAAAUGUCCACAUUUUUAAGAUUUAUGUGGGCCUGUUUCUUAAAAGCUUCAUUCACAUGCUUUCUUGACACUAGGAAUGGGACCCUGCUGCUGACAUGAACUGUAAACUUGUGAAAAGGCUACUGGAAGCAACGUGUAGUGUGGUACAAUGUUUCAGAAGCAGUUUCACCAUAAAAUGCCAUAAAACAUUUGUGUUUUAUAUGUUUGUGUUUUUGUAUUGUUGCUUUUUAUAAAAUGAAAAAAAAAUAUUUUGAAAAAAUGAAAUAAAAUACCUUGCUUUUUCACUUGACCUUCAUCCCAACUGGAAAGGGGGUGGGAGGGAUGCUGGUUUGGCUGAUCGUAGGUUUGUGUUUGGAGAAAUGUGUGUUUGAAAAGGAAUCGGGAUGUUUGUCUGAAUUGGGGAUGACCUAGAGCAGGCAUCCCCAAACUGCGGCCCUCCAGAUGUUUUGGCUUACAACUCCCAUGAUCCCUAGCUAACAGGACCACUGGGAAUUGUAGUCCAAAACAUCUGGAGGGCCAAAGUUUGGGGAUGCCUGACCUAGAGCAACCUGAAAAUUUCAAGUAGGUAAUAAUAAGUUAAGACAUUUAUGCAAUGUUUUUUUCUACCUUGAGCACUUUGCUUUUCAGCACAGCUUCAGGUUUUGGCUACUCUCAUAGACAAAAAACCAUGGAGUCAAGUGCUAAGAAUAAAUCCUUUUUUGCAACCCACAGCUGAUCUGUAUUGGCUGUGUUACUAAUAGGAAGGAACAUGACUUGUUAGUCCCAGGAAUACUGUACUAUUUGUAUCGGACAACUUGAGUUUUUCUGAUAUCCCAUAAAAGCUCUUUAUCGCCAGAGGCCACAGGCAAUUAGAGGAUACAGUGGGGUGGUAAUUUUUAUGCUUUCUUGUCAACAAAAACAUAAUAAAAAAUUCCUUCCAGUAGCACCUUGGAGACCAACUAAGUUUGUCAUA